CGGCCCCGAGGAGAGGGGGGCUGCCCCGGCCGCGUCCUCGCUCGCCCCCCGGUCCCUCUCCCCGCUUCCCCCGCUCCAAUCACCGCACUUGGCCGCGCUGCUUAAAUAUGCAGCGGAUACGUCAUCUCCGAAGGUGGAUCGGGCGUAAGUGGCCAAUAUCUAUAUAAAUGUGGCCGAGGGGCGAACCGGCGGCAGGAGGAGGCGAGCGGGGCCGGGCGGCAGCAGCCGCGCAGCGCCCGCCGGCGGCAGCGGAGUGGCGGGCGCCCGGCCCCCGCGGUUGGCAGCCCCCGGUGCGGGGACCCGCCGCCCGGGAGGAGGAUGCCGGCGGGGCUCUCCUGGCCCGAAGCGGCGGCGCUGGCGCUGCUGACCCUGGCGCUGCUGGUCAGCCUGUGCCGGCACCUGUGGGCGCUGCGCUGGAGCCUCAGCAGGGACCGCGCCAGCGCCCUGCCCCUGCCCCAGGGCUCCAUGGGCUGGCCCUUCUUCGGGGAGACCCUGCACUGGCUGCUCCAGGGCUCCCGCUUCCACAGCUCCCGGCGGGAGAGGUACGGGAACGUCUUCAAGACCCACCUCCUGGGCCGGCCGGUGGUGCGGGUGACGGGCGCUGAGAACAUCCGCAAGAUCCUGCUGGGUGAGCACACGCUGGUCAGCACCCAGUGGCCCCAGAGCACCCAGAUCAUCCUGGGCUCCCACACCCUGCUCGGCUCCGUCGGUGACCUGCACCGCCAGCGCCGCAAGAUCCUGGCCAGAGUGUUCAGCCGCGCUGCCCUGGAGUGCUACCUGCCGCGGAUCCAGAAGGUUGUGAGCUGGGAGCUGCGGGGCUGGUGCAUGGAGCCAGGCUCCAUCGCAGUUUAUUCCUCCGCUAAAACCUUAACUUUCCGCAUUGCAGCUCGGAUUCUGCUGGGGCUCCGCCUGGAGGAAAAGCAGUUCAAGGACCUGGCCAAAACUUUUGAACAGCUGGUGGAGAACCUCUUUUCCCUGCCCCUCAACAUACCCUUCAGCGGGCUGCGCAAGGGAAUCAAAGCACGGGACACGCUACAUGAGUUUAUGGAGAAGGCUAUACAGGAAAAGCUGCAGAGAAACAACCCAGAAGACCACAGCGAUGCUCUGGAUUUCAUAAUAAACAGUGCCAAGGAGCAUGGCAAAGAAUUCACCAUGCAGGAGCUAAAGGAGUCAGCGAUUGAGCUCAUAUUUGCUGCUUUUUUCACCACGGCUAGUGCCAGCACUUCUCUGAUCCUCCUGCUACUGAAGCACCCCUCAGUGAUUGAAAAAAUAAGGCAGGAGCUGAUGUCCCAUGAGCUGUACCAGCAGUGUGAGCGCUGCCCUGUGGGACCCUGCCCUGACACCCUGCCCGCCCAGAGCAGGGACAGUGAGAAGCCACUUCUCUGCCCCACGGCCAAGGAUGCUUGUGAGGACCAGAGCCAGCCCCCAGGCCCAACAGAGGAAGGUUCCUCCCAGCCCUGUGCCCUGCUGGAACCUACCCUCCCCCAGAGCAGUCCCCAGCUCCGGGUGCCGUCAGGGCAGAGCUCUCGCUGCCCCUCGGACAUCAGCCUGGAGAAGCUGAGCCGCCUGCGCUACCUGGACUGUGUGAUUAAGGAGGUGCUGCGGGUGCUGCCCCCCGUCUCCGGAGGCUACAGGACGGCACUGCAGACUUUUGAGCUGGAUGGCUACCAGAUCCCCAAAGGCUGGAGCGUCAUGUACAGCAUCCGUGACACACAUGAGACAGCUGCCAUCUACCAGAGCCCCCCCAGCAGCUUUGACCCAGACCGCUUUGGUGCUGCCCGGACGGAGGCCGCAGGCCGCUUCCACUACAUCCCCUUCGGCGGCGGGGCGCGGAGCUGCAUCGGCAAGGAGCUGGCGCAGGCCAUCCUCAAGCUGCUGGCCAUCGAGCUGGUCAGCACGGCCCGCUGGGAGCUGGCCACCCCCGGCUACCCCGCCAUGCAGACCGUGCCCAUUGUGCACCCCGUCAACGACGGGCUGCAGCUCUACUUCCACCCCUUGCAGUCCGGCUGCGGCAGCGAGGCCUGAGUCAUGGUUCACUGCCCCCCUCAGCCCUGGUGCCGGUGCCCCUCCACAGCUGCCGGGGCAGGCCUGUCCUGCCCCAGGCUGGUUAUGGCACUGAGUCACUGCAGAGCAAAACCCCAAAGGUCUUUUUAUUCUUCCUCUCCUGAUGAGCAAGCUGGUAGCGAGGGUCCUGCAGAGCCCUGCUCCUGAGCACUGGGGUAAGCCUCAGCCCCAGCCUGGGGGCAAAACCUGCUGAAGCUGCUGGCAGUGAGCAUCCCCCAUGGGGGCUCAGCCAGCCCCUGCCCCACACAGGUUUCCAGCCACUGGGAAUGGCGAGCAAAACUCCCAGCUAAGGCUCCCAGAGCUUUUCCGUCCCAGGGUUAUCUCCUGUGGGUGUGUUAUAGGAGAGGUAGGAUGAACAUCCUGCACACUGUAGCUUUUUAGAUGUGAAAAGAGGGAAGAUGGGGGGGCUCUGCAGGAAAAAACAAGCCAGGGCUGCCCAAGCCACGGCAUCAGCUAUAGCUAGAAUAAUAGGAUGUAAAGUGGUUUUUAUUGUAAAUAUUUAAUCUCAUUCCUGCACUUCCCAUUAGAGCCGGCACAAAGAGGAUGUAUCUCAUUCAGCCAGUAGUAGUAGCUGUGUAUGUUGUGCCUGAGCACCGUGCUGCUGCUCAGGGUGUGCCAGGAAGCCCCCCUCUGGCGUCCCCACAGGACGUGCUCUCCAGCCACAGCCUGACCGAGGGAUCAGGCUGAAGCAGGGGAGGAGGCUUUGGGGAAUAAACAUUUGGAAAAUGGAAAUUUCUGAAUAGUCUGAUUUGUGGUAGAAAGUCCCCUGUUCCUGAUGAUGCUAUUCACAUUGCAGAGGGGGCAUGUGCAAGGUGACACAGGCCCCAUGGUGGCUGGCUGGCCAGACUGACCGUGUCACCUCCCGCAGCCUAGCUCUGCCAGGGACAGUGCCAGGACAGCAGCUCUGUGGGUCCAUCCAGGGGCUGGUGCCUGGGGCUAAACCUGGGUGCCGAGGGCACCUUUUUAUGUGGCUUUUGAGCAGCACCUGCCUUGCUGAGACACAGGGUAUUUCUCUAACAUGUAAGAUAAAGUGAGUCCUGUUGCUCGUGCAGUGAGAACAGAGCUGGGUCCAGGUCCUUGCUCCACUGCAAUCUAUUUAUAAGCUCCUUUCAGCUUCACCUCUGCUCCCUGCUGUCACGUGUCCUGCAUAGAAGCAAUGGGAGAAACCAUCCGCCUUGUCCCUCCAGCACAUCCCAGGCCUGGUGGUGUGGUGUGCUCUCUGUGAGGAACCAGCAGCAGCUUGAUCUGCAAGGGCAGAAAUGUGGCUCCAGGACAGAGCCUCUUUGGCAAGGCUCUGGGGAGCUCCCCGGUCUCCUGAAUCUCUGUCAUCAUCCUGCUUCAAUGCCGGGCUACAAAUGACCUUGCCCUGGCCAGUCCCGCUUUGCACACUGGUGCGGGGGCACUGCAGUGGGGCCUGCGCUGCUGGAGGGCUGUGCAGCAAGCACAAGGCUACCUGGGGCAGAAAUGUGGCUCCCAAAUGUGACAGGUCAAAUCUGGAAGAGGUUGAACUGCAGGGCUGAGUUAAGCGCUGUUGGCAGGUCGACCCCGUAGUGAACCAGAGUCUCUGCCCCUCCUGACCUUGUCCUGAAAGGUGAAUCUUUCUGGCUAUCAGAGGUGAAAUCGGUAGGUGGUGGCUGCAAGUGGCAACGAGUAAUCAGCAGGAGCUGCUCGUGUGGCUGCAACCUGCAGGCUCCCGCUGCGGGCAGGGCUGCGGGCAGGGCUGGGCCCGCAGCACCCAGCACUGGGUGCGGGAGGUCCGGGACUCCUGCAGCCCACUUAAAAAUUACCCCAGCACCAAUGAGCUGCAUAGCCACCAGCUGAAAAUGUAACAUGAAUCUAGCUUAAAAAAAAGAAAAAUUGAAACUGACUUUGCAGAUAAACAUGAGAAUUUACAAAUGAAGUGUAAUAACUAUUACUUGUAAUCAGUUUGUUCAUAUUAGGCUGUUAUUUCUUGACCCCCUUCCAAGAUGUUUUUAAUUAUCCCUUUCACUCUUUACCAUUUGAUUCUUUUUGAGCCAAUGGCCGGGGAAUACACAGCUGGGGAGAUAAUAAAGCCUUCC